GACCUGGCAACAUUGUUAGACGGUAAGGGAAGCCAUAAUUUCACAGACGAGAAAGCCACAUCCGAAGUUCCAAAAAAUUCGCGGGCAUUUAUUCUCCAAAUGCGCGGGUUUAACUUAUAAGAUGUCAUUCUUAAAAUUAGCAAGAAGUAAUUUAAAGAAUUAUUCAUUAAAUGAAGAUGAAACGGUAUCUGGUUUUUUUGAGUCAAAAGAAGCAUAUGAUCGAUUUUGUAAUGAACUGAAAGCUGCGGGUUAUUCUUUUUCUAUCAGAGACAGUGAAGUGCAUGCUGCAUCAAGUGAAAAUAUAAAUGAGCCAAAUUUCUAUUUUAAAUAUCACCGUGGCAUUAAUGUGCCAAAAAUUGAUUUUUUUGGGGCACCAUUUUCAAUUGAGAAGCGAAUAUUUAUGCAGUGUUCACAGGGCCCAAAAUAUUACUGCUCAAGACAAACGUCUGAUCAACUGUCUGACCAUCCAAUUUCAGCUAAGCGAAGAUUUUGUAUGCAUAAUACAAAAAAACUUGGAUGCCCAGCAUUUAUGUCUGUUAACUGUGUGCGGGUGUAUGAAGAAUAUUCAGCACCUGAUCAUAAAUUGAAGAAACGUUCCAUGGUGAAAAAAUUAAAAGGAGACUGGGAAAAAAAGACAACCCUUACAAGCCACCUUCGUUGGUAUGUAAGAGUAAGUUGUGCUGAAACCCACAAUCAUUCCGCAACAAGCCCUGCUCUUACGCAGAAAAUACAUACUGACGUUGCCACUGAAAUAAAAAGACUAGUAGAGCAAGGCAUUACAAACAUUAAAGAUGUGAAAUUUCUUCUCAAACAAUAUGUUGAAAGAAAAUUUUCUCAUGAUAAAAUACUUACCAGCCCCAAUAAAGCCAUUUACCCGGAAGACUCCACAAUUUACUCACAUGUAUACAGGGCAAUGUUUUUACAGAAACGAGACCAAAUUGACCAAGAGCUGCUGCAGAAGACAAUCAGUGAAUGGAAAAUUAAAAACAGCGAGGACUGUUUUUUUUUCAGACCCUAUGCAGAUGUUGCUGAUGGUGAUGCACCAUCGCCUUUAUUGUUUUGUCACCAAACAAAGUGGCAACAGAAGAUGCUGUUGCGGUACGGUGGUGUCUGUCUGUUAGAUGCGACUUACAAAACGACUAAAUAUGCAUUGCCACUUUUUUUUUUAGCAGUGAAGACCAAUGUUGACUACAUUGUAGUUGGUACAUUUGUUGUGCAGUCUGAAAGCACGGCACUCAUUGCAGAAGCUUUGAAUGUAUUUAGAAAAUGGCUUCCUGAAUGGCAAUCACAAUUCUGGAUGACAGAUUUUAGUGAGAUGGAAAUAAACGCGAUUGAAAGUGCCUUCCCUAAAAACACAGUGUACUUAUGUGCAUUUCACAGAGAGCAAGCCUGGUUGAGGUGGGUCAGGAAGAGUGGCAAUGUCACAUCAGGUGCAGAAGAGAUUUUAAGUACGUGGCGUGCUAUUGCAGCUUCAAGAAACGAGCACGAGUUUGAACUAAAUGUACAAAUAAUGAAUUGUAGUAAUGUCAUGCAGCAAAAUCCGAAAGCAUCCUGCUAUUUUGCUUCGCACUGGCUACCUCAUAAGCACAGGUGGGUACAGGCCUUCGGUGAAAAAGACUUUGUCACUAUAAUUCAUGCCAACAAUGGCAUUGAAAGCCAAAAUAAGGUGCUAAAGCAUUCAUAUCUGUGUAACAAUUCUGACAAAUCUUUGACCGGGAUGCUUAAAAUUGUUAUAAAUAACUAUUUACCAGAUGCAUACAAAAAAUACUGCUCCGAGAAUUCUAUCAAGGAGUUUAAUUCAGAUAUUCCAUCAUACCUGAUGAACCGACCACAGCACUUUAUAAAACAUGUUCUCACCAGGAUAAGUGCUGCUCAGUACGAUUUCACAAAGGACUCCAUCACAGAAGUCUCAGAUGGGAUUUUUGCAGUUGAGAGUUCUACAGAUAAGGGAAGAAUGUACUAUGUUAAUUUUGAUGAUGCCUCGUGUAGUUGCAUGGACUUUAUGACUUUUAGAUUUCCUUGCAAACAUAUGUGUGCAGUAUUUGAAUUUUUGCCCAAUUGGAGUUUCCUUCAGCUAAAUUCUGCAUACAUUACCAGUCCAUACAUCACACUUGAUUCAGAGAACAGUUUCUGCACCUUGGAAGGAUUCAGCAAUCCUUCCUCAGCAAAUAGUACCUCUGACGUGACCUCUCAAAGAACACAAAUUACACCUGAUGUAUCUCUACCAUCGGAAAUAAUCGAACAUCAACAAAAUUUUCGAGAGAAACUGUACAGAUUAAUAGAUUUAUCAUAUGUGUGUGAGGACAGUACCUUCCUCUGCGAGGCAACAAUGUUUGCACAAGACAGAAUUAAUGAAAUGGAAAAAAAAAGUUCAACCUGA